UCUCUCUUUGCGCCUCAGCUCGUGUCACAGGCGUCAAUGAGGAAGAAUUGGUUGGAAUUGGUUGGUUGUACCGUGUUUAUUGCUGCUGCUGUUGCUCUUGCUUGCCAGUUGAUGAGCUUCUGCUGCCGCUUUUCCUCCCCCUCUUUGCUUCUCACUCUUCUCUUUCAUACACCAACUUAGCAUCUUCUGCUUCUUCUUCUUCUUCAUUCAUCCUGCUGCCCUCUGCCUCUCCUCCAUUUCCCUCCCUUUUCCAUCUCCAUGCCCCUCUUUCGCCGCAAAGCCAAAUUGCCUGCCGCUGUCGCGUCUGCAUUCCGAUCGGUUGAGCAUCUUCCCCCUCGCGUCGAGCACCAGCACCAGCAACACCCCGACGAUCGGCCCCGUCGCUCGUCCUCGUCUUCCUCCACCGCCCGCGAUCCUUCUUUGCCUCAGCCUCAGCCUCAUCAUCCCCACGCCUACUCACACCCUCAUUUUCAGUCUCAGUCCCACUCAUCUUCUCCAAAACCUCCUCCCUACUCUGCUACUGCUGCUGCCCCUCUCCGACGCAGUAAGAGUCACCGCAGCCCCCGCGAGAACACCCAUCCGUCGUGGCCCCUCCCCGACCAGUCUCACGAGCAGGUACUUCAGGAACCACGCAAGUCUCGCCGCAGCCUCUUCUCCUUGCAUUCUUCUGCCACCACAAGCGACUCAGUGCAGCGGAAUCGGUCGGUCAAGAAGUUCUCCGCCGCCGGUCGCCGGAAUAAGCAACAGCGACCGUUGUCUAUCGACACCAGCUCCGACUGCCGUCCCGCUACAGCCUGGACACCUGAGCAUGAUCUAGACGGCGCCUAUUCCCCACCGUCGUCGCAAGAACAUAUACACCCGCACGCCCAGUCGCAGCCGCAACUGCAAUCGUGGCCGCAGCCACAAUCGCAGGUCGGACAACUUCCGGUUCAACCACGGUUGGAGCAGCCCCCGCAGCCGCUGUCACAAGAUCUAUCGUCACGACCCCCAUCCCAGGAACAUCUACCGCCUCAGCUACGAUCGGGAGUUCACGCCACUCGCUGGGAUUCACAACCACCAACACAGCGCCAGCCGCAGCCGCAGCCGCAGCCGCAGGCCCAAUCCCAGCCUCGUCCACAUCCUUCGUUACGAGCAGGCCCUCCUCCCGCCUCGUUCCACAUGCCGCAGAACACCGUGCCGACACUGGAAACCCGACCGCCCCGCUCCCCGCACUCUACCAUUCAACGAUCCAAUACCGAUUCGGGCCUGCUCGACCACCUCGCCCGAUCGUCUCCUAUUGAUCCACCCCGUAUACACCACGGUGAAUUGGCCCCGACGCAGCCUCAACUAGACCCAACGGUGGGAGCUCGCCCGCCGUCCAGACAGUCUGUCGGACCCCCGUCUCCGUUGCGUCAACAACUGCCUCCCACACAGCCCGACUCCCCCGGCGGUAUGACGGAUCGUCCUUCAGGCGUGCUGCAGGCCAGCAGCAACAGCAACCAACCUGCCUCUGGCGCCAGCCACACCUUGCACGCGUCGAACAACCAGUCAGAUACCGGAUAUCGGACCAGCGCCGCCCAACCCAGUGCCGACGCAGGACGCAGCACUCCAAGCGUGCGGGAGACCCGCGACGCGCGGCGAGAAGCUCGCGAUGAGCCAAGUGACAUUGACGUGCGCGCUUUAGUGCAGAAACACGACGAACUGCAGGCCAAAUACUCCAAAGUCAAACGGUACUACUUCGAGAAGGAAGCCCAAGUGCAGCACCUGCAGAACACGGUGGCGCACCAACGCAUGGCGGUCUCGCGCACCGUGCUGGACGACAACGAGUACGCCAGCCGCUUCUCCCGGCUGGACGGGGCAAUCAAGGACCUGGCGUUCUCCAUCCGCAAGGACUGGGCGCGCCUGCCCCCGUGGCUGACCGGUUACGUCAGCGACGACGCGCACACCACCGGCACGAAGGAGAUGACGGCGAUCGGCCGCGCCGUGAUGAGCCGGUGGCUGGUCGAGGAGGUCUUCGAGCGCUACUUCCACCCGGGCCUCGAGCCGGUCAUCUCGCGGGCCCUCAAGGACAUCGAGAUGACCCUCCGCCGCCAGCAGGUCCAGGCGACCGCGACGACGGACGAGGACCGCGAGAACGCCGUCGCGCGCAUCAGCAACUGGCGCCGCACCACCCUCGACGGCCUCCCCGAGCUGCAGGCCGGCGGCGCCCAGGCCGCCGACUUCCGGGCGCAGCUCAUCGACCGCCUCGUCGGGAGUUUAGUCGCGACCCUGACGGCAUACAUGCGCCUCGAGACGGGCCCGACCGGCUCGACCACGCCAACCGCUCCCCCCGGCUUGGACGCCGGCGCCCGCAUGAUCGUCGAAAACGCGAUCGGCAUCGCCGAGAAGAUCCCCCUCGAGUCCCGGGACAUCGUCGUCGAAUACAUCCUCCCUGGAACUGCCCUCAACGAAGGCACCAUGCGCGUGGAAUCGGGCAUUCCACCUUUACCACAGCAGCAGCGAUCAACGGGCACCUCGUUGGAGAUCGAUCAUGCCGCGGUAGCAGCAGCAUCGGAAGGAGCAACGACCAUCCACAAUGACAUCGACAUGGACAACGCCAGCGUAUUAGGCGCAGCCGGGAUCGCCCCAUCCAAUACGAAUACUGGCGCUGGUGCACUAGCUCCCCUCACCGGCCCGACCGACCUCUCCGCCGCUCCAUCUGCCUCAAGAGGCGGUAGUAGUGGUGGCGUAGGCGGCGAGCGAGAAUCCCGCAAACGGUCGAUGUUCAGUUCGUUGAUGGGUCGACGGACGGGUCCUGCUGCUGGGGGUGGUGCUGCUGCUGCUGCUGCUGCCCCAGGUAAUGCUGGUGGUGCGGCAGGCCAGGGCACGGCAACCGGAACAGCACCCCCCGGGGUGAAUCUCCCGACGGGCCCUGGUUCCGUCUCCAACGUGACCAUCCCGGGCACGAUCGCUUCUGCUUCUGCUUCUGCGCCGUCUGCGGGCAGCGCGGCAACCGAGGACCGCGAGCGACUGGCGCGGAUCCGGUUCUCCUCGUUCGUGCUGGCGGAGGUGCGUGGGCGGGGCCCGCAGAAUGUGCUGGUCAAGGCGCCUGUAUAUAUUGAGUAAAUAAGAACGAAAAGAAUUGCGGGUCUCCUCUCUCGACGACACCUACAUCCCUGUCAGCGGAAGGAGGUUGCGGGCUGCGGAAAUUCAAGAAGAGAGGGUAUGAGUCUACGGUAUGUUAUCGUGUAGAUUGUACAGGUGAAUGUCAAUGUCAAUGUCAAUGUCCCAUCUCAAUGAGACUUCGAUGAAUGGGAAUGGAAAAGGAAGU